AUGGCACAAGCACGAUUUCUGGUCUUCCUCCUCGUUACCAUCCUUAUGCUGGAUCAGACCACGGGCCUGUUGUCCCAUUCAAAAGCCAGGAAGCACAGCAAACGGAGGGUGAAAGAGAAAGAUGGUGACCUAAAGAGUCAGAUUGGGAAGCUUUGGCAAGAGGUCAACUCCCUGAAAGAAAUGCAGGCACUACAGACAGUCUGCCUUCGUGGAACUAAAGUCCAUAAGAAAUGCUACUUGGCCUCGGAAAGUGCCAAGCAUUUCCAUGAAGCAAACGAAGACUGCAUAGCCAAGGGAGGGACUCUUGCGAUCCCUAGAGAUGGCGACGAAACCAACACCCUCCGAGACUACAGCAAGAAGAGUUUGCAGGGGGUGGCAGAUUUUUGGCUGGGUGUCACUGACAUGGUCAAUGAGGGGAAAUUUGUUGACGUCAACGGAAUGAUCCUCAACUACUUCAACUGGGAUCGAUCACAACCCAACGGAGGGAAACGUGAAAAUUGUGUUUUCUUUUCACAGUCGGCUCAAGGGAAAUGGGCAGAUGAUGUCUGCCGUACUGUCAAGCGAUAUAUUUGUGAAUUCCUAAUCCCUUAG